GGACAGGCAGUCACCAGAGACUGUACACAUGACUCACACAUGUGGUCGAGGCGAGCGAGGGAGCAGAGACAGUGGAGCAGAGAAGUUGUGAACAGCCUUCCGGAUAACCUUCUGUCAAGGUAUACUGACUUCCACCAUGGCUGCAUAUCUGGGCUUCUUCAUUUUGGCUCUCAGUGUGGUGGGACAGAAGCUCCCUUCAAGCCCGCAUGGCUGCAUGGAGGGAAGCUGUUACCCGGCAACAGGCAACCUGCUGGUUGGCCGAGCCAUGAAUCUGACCGCUACCUCCACUUGUGGUCUUCAUGGGCCAGAACACUACUGCAUAGUCAGCCACCUGCAGGAAUCAGACAAGUGUUUUGCGUGUAACUCUCAGCAUCCUUAUGACCCGUACAACCACAAAAACAGUCACCGCGUGAAGAACGUCAUCCAACUCAAGGACAGCAACGAGGACCUCACCUGGUGGCAGUCUGUCAACGGGGAGGAGGGUGUCAGUAUCAGACUGAAUCUGGAGGCAGAAUUCCACUUCACUCACCUCAUCAUGAUGUUUAAGACCUUCCGACCGGCCGCCAUGCUGAUCGAGCGUUCGGCUGAUUUUGGUCGCUCCUGGAGACCGUACCGUUAUUUUGCCUACAACUGCUCCAAGACGUUCUCCAGAGUGCCCGCCCACUCCCUCCACCACAUCAAUGAUGUCAUCUGUGAGGAGAGAUACUCUGGCAUCGAGCCCUCCACGGAAGGAGAGGUCAUUUAUAAAGUGCUCGACCCUGCCAUACAUGUGAAAGACCCAUACAGUUUGGAGAUUCAAGAGCUGUUGCGGAUCACCAACCUGCGGAUCAACUUCACCAAGCUGCACACCCUGGGAGAUAACCUGCUGGACCGGCGCUCUGACGUUCUGCAGAAGUACUACUACUCCCUGUACGAGCUGGUGGUGAGGGGCAGCUGCUUCUGCUACGGACACGCCUACGAGUGUGCCCCCGUACCAGGGGUGGACGCCAGGGACAAUGGCAUGAUCCAUGGGCGAUGUGUUUGUAAACACAACACUGAGGGGUUGAACUGUGAGCACUGCAGAGACCUCCACAACGACCUGCCCUGGAGGCCAGCCGAGGCAGACAACCCUCACACAUGCAGAGAAUGCAACUGUAACGGUCACUCCAAACAGUGUCACUUUGACAUGGCGGUGUACCUGGCCACAGGCAAUGCCAGCGGUGGCGUCUGUGACGACUGUCUCCACAACACCAUGGGACGCACCUGUGAGAUGUGUAAACCCUUCUAUUACCUGAACCCCAGCAGGGACAUCAGAGAUCCAGGAGUCUGUAGUGCGUGUGACUGUGAUCCUGUGGGUUCCAUGGAGGGAGGUGUGUGUGACAGCCACACAGACCAGGACAUGGGUAUGAUCGCGGGGCAGUGCCGCUGUAAGCUGAACGUGAAGGGCACCCGCUGUGACUAUUGCAAGGAGGGAUACUAUGGUCUGAGCCAGAACGACCCACAGGGAUGCCAACCGUGUAACUGUGACCCUCGUGGGAUUAUAAUGCUGGGAGCACCAUGUGAUCAGAUAAGUGGGGACUGCUCCUGUAAGACAUAUAUCACAGGCCGCUACUGCAACCAGUGUCUGCCAGAGUACUGGGGCCUCAGUAAUGACCUAGCAGGCUGCAGAGCAUGUGACUGUGACUUUGGUGGAGCCUACAUCAACAGGUGUAUGGUUGAAAAUGGCCAGUGUGACUGUCGGAGGAACCUGAUUGGUCGACAGUGUUCUGACGUGCAGCCUGGGUACUUCUGUGCUCCGCUGGACCACUACAAAUACGAGGCAGAGGACACCGUUGGCCACUCACCUAGUGACUACAAUCUACCGGGCAAGGCCAGGCCCCAGGCUGAGGUCGACUGUGUGGAGCACCUCAACAACCAGCUGAGGAGACACAGGCGCCAUCAACGCAUCGCCAACACCCAGCAGCAGAGGGCAGCACUGAGACGCAUCCGCCAGCUGCAGCAAACACCGGAUGUGAGGCGUGUCCACAGGGAGCGAUCCCAGGGUCACAUGAUCACCUGGACUGGACCUGGUUUUGCCCAGGUCAAAGACGGAGCUGGACUAGUCUUCGCCAUAGACAACAUCCCCCAUGCCAUGGACUAUGACAUCAUGAUCCGCUAUGAGCCAGAGUCAACAGAGGACUGGGAGGCCAUAGUGACUGUCACCUCCCUGCUGCUAUCCUCUAGCUCCCGCUGUGGCAACCUGCUGCCUACUGAACAGCUGUAUACAGUCACCCUGCCACACCACAGGAGGUACGUUCAGAUGCCCAGUCCUUUCUGCUUUGAGCCCAGUAACCGUUAUGUAGUGACCAUCAGACUCCAGCGACACGGAGUGUCCCAGAGACACCUGACUGCUUUCAUCCUUGUAGACUCGCUGGUGCUGACCCCCAAGUACACGGAGCUGCCAGGUUUCCAGGGUCACGACCCGGCGGCAGAGGAGCAUCGUGAUGAGAUGGUACGUUACAUGUGCCUGGAGUCCUUCUUAGCCACGCCAACACCACUGCUGGCAGAGAUGUGCACCAAGCUCAUCUGUAGUAUCUCUGCCAUCCUGCACGACGGAGCACUGCAAUGUCAGUGUGACCCCCAGGGGUCUCUCAGUGCUGAGUGUGACAGGGUCGGAGGUCAGUGCCGCUGUAAACCUAACGUGAUUGGAAGACGGUGUGACCAGUGUGCACCUGACACUUACAGCUUCGGACCAUAUGGAUGUACUGCCUGUGACUGCCACUCCCAGGGCUCUCUGGGAGACCAGUGUGACCCGGUGACGGGGCAGUGCCCGUGCAGACAGGGGACCAGCGGGCGUCAGUGCUCAGACUGCCAGCCUGGCCAGUGGGGCUUCCCCAGCUGCAGGCCAUGCCAGUGUAACGGGCACGCUGAUGGGUGCAACCCACAGACAGGGGAGUGUCAGGCCUGCAGGGACCACACUGAUGGACAGCUCUGUGAAAGGUGGGCAGGGGGAUAA